AGGCGGAAUAUAAAACCUAUCGAACUUUGGCACUAAUAAGCUUUUGCGUUUAACGAAACGUUCCCGUCAAUCAUUUUUCUGUAUUGUCAGCUGUCGUUAAUGUCAACAGAAGCCAGUUGUCAAACACGCAAUUUUGCUUUGUUUUGAAAUAAAUUGCACUUUUUCUUUGAGUAAUUAGAAAAGUAUUGCAAAUCACGUUCAAUAGUUAAUUCUGUCAAUAAUAAGGAGUGUAACAUUUGUGUUCAUUACAAGACUGGAAGAAUUCUGCGGAGUGACAUUAAUAAAAUUUGUGUGUGUUUAGGAACGAUAUGUGUUAAACGCAAUAUCUAUUUAGUUUUAAUAUUACACAAUGGGGAAUCAGCUGGUUGGUGUAGCUCCAUCACAGAUCUAUCCAGUGGAACACUACCUGAGUGAUCAUGUUGACUUAUCGUUUGACCAGAGCCUCGGCUCAACACGGUUCCUCAAAGUGGCGAGAGCCAGGUCUCGCGAAGGGCUCGUAGUUGUGAAGGUGUUUGCGGUACAUGAUCCAUCAUUACCGCUAGCUGAGCACAAGGAACGCAUACUGAAGAUUAAAGAACAGUUGGCUUCCGCAUUCAACUGUUUACCGUUCCAGAGGGUUAUUUUAACAGAUAAAGCUGGUCUUUUAAUGCGGGAGUACUGUAAAUGCAGCGUGUAUGAUCGCAUGUCCACGCGCCCGUUCCUCACGGUGCUGGAGAAGAAAUGGAUCACCUUCCAAGUCCUGUAUGCUCUGCAUCGGAUGCACAAGCUUGGUAUAUGCCAUGGAGAUAUCAAAUUAGAGAACAUAAUGGUGACCUCCUGGCUGUGGGUGCUGCUCACCGACAUCGCGUCCUUCAAGCCGACCUUUCUCCCUGAUGACAACCCUGCGGACUUCAGCUACUUCUUCGACACUUCUAGAAGAAGACUGUGCUAUGUUGCCCCCGAGAGAUUUGUCAGAGCUCCUGACCCACAUAAUAGGCCAGCGGGUGACGAUAAAAUGGGUGGUCUGUUGCUAAGUGAAUCACCUUGCAAAGUAGGAGAACUUGUGCCAAGUAUGGAUAUAUUCUCAGCGGGUUGCGCCCUCCUAGAGCUCUGGAACGACGGCACUCCCGCGCUGGACCUCCCGGGGCUGCUCGCGUACCGGAACGGCGAGGAGCGCCCCGCCACCAUGACCCUCAGUGCGGACGACCACCAGCUGCGCGCGCUGCUGCAGUCCAUGACCGAGAGGAACCCUCGGGACCGGAGGUCGGCAGAGUUGUAUCUGGAUGAGGCUAGGGGCAAACUAUUCCCGGAAUACUUCUACUCGUUCCUUCAAUCGUACAUGCUGAUAUUCUCCGCGCAACCCAUCUUACCACCUGACGAGAAAAUCCUUCGCAUACACCAAGACAUAAAGAACAUUAUCAAGAUAUUCACUCAACCCUCCGACGCUAAGAACUACCAAGAUUUAGUAGAAGAGACCACUGAACACCAAAACGUCGAUAAUAUAGACAAAUUGAAGGAUAAAUUUAAAGUCCUGAAUAUUAAUACUACGGAUUUUGAUGAGGAAGAUCGGGCUCCUGAACGAAAGGAUUUAGGCCCCGACAGUGAGGGGUUGAUAUUGAUAACGUCGUUGGUGACGUCAUGCAUUCGAGGGUUGCAUCAUUGUACCUCGAAGUUGUAUAGUCUUGAGAUUUUGCAGCUGCUCUGCGAGAAUUCUAGUUCGGAGACUAUUUUGGAUCGUAUUUUGCCUUAUAUAAUCCACCUCUCCCACGACAGUGUGUCCCGUGUCCGAGCCCGCGCGGUCUCGACCUGCGCCCGCGCAGUGGCCCUAGUCCGGGCCUUACCCAACGCGGACUGCAACGUGUUCCCAGAGUACAUACUGCCGGAGCUAGCUCCCCGCGCCAACGACCCUAGUGUACCUGUCAGGAUAGCUUAUGCUAAUAAUAUUGCUAAGCUGGCAGAAACCGCUGUCCGCUUUCUAGACCAGACUCAGAACAUGGUGGAGAAGGAGGCUGCCAAUAUUAACUACGAGACUGAACUGUCCGCGCUACACGAAAUGGUCCGAUCAACAGUGUCGUACCUGCUGACGGACUCACAGGCGGUCGUGAAGCGAGCGCUCGUUGAGAACGGGAUCACCAAGCUGUGUAUAUUCUUUGGGAAACAGAAAGCGAACGACGUGAUCCUCUCCCACAUGGUGACGUUCCUGAACGACAAGGAGGAGGCGGGGCUGCGAGGCUGCUUCUUCGAGCGCGUGGUGGGAGUGGCCGCCUACGUGGGGCACCACGCCGCGCCCAUACUGGUGCCGCUCAUGCAGCAGGGUCUAACAGACCAAUCGGAGUGGAUAAUCGCAAAGGCUCUCCGCGCGACCACGAACCUGGCGGAGUUGGGGCUGCUCCCCAAGCAGGCGCUGUGCGACCUGGUGGCAGAGAGCGCCGUCUUCCUGGCACACCCUAACUUAUGGAUCCGUCACGAAGUGUGCGGCCUGGUGUCGUGUGUUGCCAGCCUGCUCAACCCGAUUGAUGUCAACUGCAAGAUACUACCUCUCGUCUGGCCACAUCUCAAACAUAAACUUAUACAGUCCCCCGGCGCGCAGGUGGAGCGGGCCGAGCUGGUGCUGGAGAGCCUGGCCGAGCCCAUCCCGCGCAAGGUGCUGGACGCGGUGCUCAGGCAUGGCGACGUGGACCGCCUGGUGCACACGCUGCGCGAGAGGAGGAACACCAGGCUCAAGGUAAAGCAGGGUACAGUGCCACAAUAUUCUGAGAUGGGUCAACAACUAAGGAACUUGUUUAGAAGACUGGCGUCCGAUGGUAUGACGGAGCAUGUUGAAAAUCAACUUCUUGCAAUGAGUGCGCAUCUGAUCAAGAUACAGGGAUCGUCAACACAACAUAUAACAGAAGCUCCAGGACGUCUCGUACUCCAGAACACCUGUAUAUCCAGAGCGGUACAGCUGGACACGGGGUCAGCGGACAACAUGCAACAUGUCGACAAAAUGUACGCGUCACAGAACAGACGCACUCACAAGACGUCGGUCUCGCACGAGACACACAUGAACACCGAGUGGCAACACAUGUUCGGGCAGUCGCAUGAACAGCAUUCCAGGGUGGCAGAGAGUUCAGUAGCGGGCGGCAUGGCGGGCGGAGCGGGUUCACAAGCUAUGUCCACCGCGCCGCAUCACUCGCAGCUAGCACACAGCGCCAGCUAUGUACAGUAUAGCAUGGCUCCCUGUCGCGUUGAGCUGAGGGACUUAACAGCGAGAAUGCAACAGAAAUAUCAGAAAUCAUUAAGGAGUCACGAUGACCCGUUAGACAACAACGAGGACUCCAUGCCGCCGGCGGGCUGGCGCCCGGGGAACCAACUGCUCGCCUACCUACACGAACACAAAGCCCGUGUGAACCAGCUAGUAGUGCUACCAGCCCAGCGCUCCCUGUUCGCGUCAUGCGCGGACGAUGGUACGGUGAGACUGUGGGACGCCGCCAGGCUGCACACACAUGCGCAUAUCAACAGGUCAAAAUCCAUGUACAAUAGGAACGCCGGCCCCGUCCUGUCUAUAGCGUCGUGUGAAGCCGGCCAGUCGUUAGUGGCUGCCACACAGGAGUCUGUCUUCGUUCUAAGGGUGGACAGUGCAUCAUCCCGUAUGAACCUGUCCCAAGGCCGGCAGUUAGAGGGCGACGGUGAUGACGCGGUGUGUGUGGCUGCGCCCGCGCAUGGCGCCGUCAUAUCGUACGCGACACUGCUAGCUAACAUCGUGGGCUGGGAUCUAAGGGCGCCAGGCAAUGCUUGGAAGCUGCAUGGCGACCUGAAGCAGGGCGUGUACACGUGCCUGUACGCGGCGCCCAGCGGGUACCUGGCCGUGGGCACGUCCAGCGGGGCCGUUUGCGUCUGGGACCUCAGGUUCCAUCUGCCCAUCACCUCCGUCAAGCAUCCCAACUCGGAGCGCGUCCGUCGCAUCGUGGGCAGCGGCAGCAGCGGCGCGGUGUGGGCGGCGGGCGCGCGCGACGCGGCCGCCUGGAGCCUCGAGUCCACGCAGCGCACGCACGCGCUCUGGCCCAGCAACAACGCCGUGCAGCCGCUGCAGUACACACCCGCGGCAUCGCACUACAUUAGCUCGAUAUACUGCGGGUCUCGCGAGGGCAGUCGGUUCGUGGUGACGGGCGGCUCGGACCUCAGGCUCCGCUACUGGGACCUGGAGCACCCUGAGGACUCCUACAUACUGCUGCACGCGCAUAAUGAUAGCCUCAGGCACUCGCCGAACUCUAUCAAGUAUAGGAGUCGCAUAAUAGACGGUACCACAGUCAUCCAAGAAUGCUGCAAGUUAAACCCCUCAACGCCAUCAGCUAUUCUAGAAGACAAUAUCUACCGUAGCGUCGAAUCCCGCUCUUUUUACCACACGGCUCCCAUCACAGAUUUAGCCGUGGUUGAUGGUAGCAAGCCUUAUUUAGUCAGUGCAGCCGCUGAUGGAGUCAUCAAUGUGUGGAAGUAGCUAAGUGACUUUGUGACUUAAGUGCAGAACGUGGAAGUCUAGAUUUGAAUGUGUAUUGGGAAUUAGGUGGUAAUAGAAUAAAGUGUCAUUUCCAGUGUGUUGGGA